GCAUACAUCGUAUUCACACUUGAUCACCUGCCAUUUCUAGACUGAUCGACCAGGAGAUGGAUCAGCCGCUGCUGUCCGACCUGUGUUCGAUAUGUCACACUCAACCGCCCAAAUACAAGUGCCCGCGAUGUAAGGCGCAGACCUGCUCCUUACCGUGCUACAAGCGCCACCAGCAGCGAGCAUCGUGCAGCGGCAAACGCGAUCCCGCCACGUACGUGAAGAAAAGCCAGUGGGCCACGCCGGCCGGGGUCGACCACGACUACAACUAUCUCAAACGCGUGGAGCGCACCCUCGACGAUGGCACCAAGAACGUGCAAGAACGUGGCAUUGGCGUGGAUCCGGCCAAGCCCACAGCGGUGUCGCGCGCAUGGGAGCCGGGAAGUCAGCUGCAGCAGUAUCUUCAGCAACACCGUAUCACCGUCCACCAUGCGCCUCUGGGAAUGAGCCGGCAGAAAGCUAAUCGUACCCGCGCUACCAAGAGCGGCACCAUCUUCUGGACCAUGGAGUGGAUUGAUGCGGAUGGGAAUCGGUAUUUACAGGACGACUGUCCUGCCGCAAAGUCUAUCGCUGAGCUCCAUGGGCUCCAUCAAGCGCAGCAACGCAACGCUGCCAAACGUCGACACGAGGGUGCGAGCUCGGCGAACAAAUCUUCCGAUCGCAAGCGAAGGAAGGUGGAUGCGAGCAACGAACAUGUCGCGGACUCUAGCCUACGCUCACCGGAAGCGGUACCACCUGGCACAACAUCGCUGCAGAACAUGGGCAGCCCACGUCGAAGUGAUGUACAUGACCACCAGGACCCACUGGGAGAUGCAGCAGCACAAGACACUGACAAACCUCACGACACGCAUGAUGAUGAUGACCGUGAUCCGACUGCGGGCACGUCAGCGGACGCUACACUGGCAGUGGAAGCGACCCAUCAAACCGAAACUCAUUACUACUUAUUGAAACCUGGUACAACAUCCAACUCCAAAGUGCUGGUGGUGUUGGAUGCCCAACUGUCGCUCACCGACUCAUUGCGGGACCGAAUCGUUCACGAGUAUCCUACAAUCUACGUACUGCCCUACCCGCCUGCGGCCCUCCCUUCAAGCUAUAUACUGGAGAGCCAGUAUACUCCCAGAGCUUCAGACGACUUGCAACCUCCUGGAGCCCAUCAAAGUACAAAUAACGACAGACAUGGCAAUGCUGCCUUUACACCAGCCGAAGCUUCACAGAAUGCUCAACAGCCACUAGAUGCAAAUAGCAUUCUCAAAAUGCUCAAACGAGACUUGCGUAGCUGACGAGAGUCACUUGCGGUGCACUAGAAGACGCACCAGAAUCUGCGCAGGCAAUGAGCUUGAUAACGACUAGACAGCGCUCUGCAGGAAGACGAGCC